AGGACAUGUAUUUGAGUGUCCCAAUCAUCACUUUAAGCAAGAAAGUACAUUGAGAUUUUCAUAAUCCUUUGUCCAAAACAGAUAAUGGCAACAUUUAAGUUUCUUUCAUUUCUCAUUCUUCAACUUUUUUGCAUAUUAGAGGUUGCUAAUUGUCAAGGUGUAGAAGUAGGGUUCUAUAAGAAAACAUGUCCAAAUGUAGAGGCAAUUGUCAAACAAACAACAGCUCACUACAUUUCUCGCGCUCCUACUCUGGCUGCCCCUUUAUUGAGAAUGCAUUUUCAUGAUUGUUUUGUUAGGGGAUGUGAUGGUUCGGUACUACUGAAUUCAACAAAAGGUAAUCAAGCAGAGAAAGAUGCAAUUCCAAAUCAAAGCCUGAGGGGAUUCCAAGUAAUUGAUGCUGCUAAAUCUGCUUUAGAGAAAGAGUGUCCUGGCAUUGUAUCUUGCUCUGAUAUUUUAGCCUUAGCAGCCCGUGAUGCUGUUGAACUGAUUAAUGGACCAACUUGGGCAGUUCCCUUGGGAAGAAGAGAUGGGAGAGUUUCAAUACUCUCAGAUGCCUUAAAGAAUUUGCCAACUCCUUUUGAUAACUUUACUACUCUUAAAACAACAUUUGGCUCCUUGGGCUUAAAUGUCAAAGACCUUGUUGUUUUAUCAGGAGGACACACUAUUGGAAUGUCACAUUGUUUUUCCUUCUCAAGCCGUUUGUACAAUUUCACUGGCAAAGGUGACAUGGACCCGAACAUGGAUCAGAACUACAUAGGUCGUUUGAAGAUCAAAUGUAAGUCAGGAGAUGUGACCACCAUUGUCGAAAUGGACCCUGGAAGUUUCAAGAGUUUUGACACAGAUUAUUACAGAAUGGUUAGCAAAAGAAGAGGGUUAUUCGCAUCUGAUGCAGCUCUUCUCAGUGAUACUCAAACAAAAGCUUAUGUUUUGUCUCAAGUAAAUCCCUACGGAUCCACUUUCUUCGAGGAUUUUGGAGAAUCAAUGAUAAAAAUGGGCAAAAUUGGAGUUCUUACUGGUAAGGCAGGUGAAAUCAGAAAACAUUGUGCCUUCCGAAACUAAGAGAAACAAAAGCUUAGUCACUUUAAUUCGUAUUGUUAUGUUCAAUGAGAUCUUUGUUGUGAAUAAGUUUUUUUUUUUCUUCUUUUACCUGUUCUGAUACGUUGUGGAAAGUGUACCUCAUGGUAGUAAAUCUUGAUUGUAUCGUAAUUUUGUAAUUCACUUCGUUGAGCGUGUAACUAAUAAAAUUGUUUAAAUUUGUUUCGGUUUUA